AUGUCCUUCUUCAACUUCGACCAGUCUCGCCAUAAUACCGCCGCUCCCGGCUUCUCCCAGGCUCACGAUCCGUUUGCCAGCCUUGCCAACCGGGAGGAAGAAGCCGAAGAGAUCGACUUCGAAGACACUUAUGACGGCUUGGGUGACCAGCUGGAUGAAACCGAUGAUGUCUUCAACGAUGAUACCUUUGGCGGCGAUACCGGCGAGCCCGGUCCCGUAGGCAAAGAUUUCGACUUCUUUGGCCAGACCGCCAAGGUCGCGAACGCGAUUGAGGAGGAAAAUGUUCGUUUCAGCCGCCAACAACCAGCCGCCAGGGCUCCCCAGCCUGUCGCGCAGCCAUCGGCCUAUACGUCCACCGCCGGACCCUCCAUCGCCGGACCCUCGUACAACUAUUUCGCGCAGGCCCCGGCUAGACCUGCCAGGACUGGCUAUGAAAAAUACCACGAGCAGCCGAUCGAGGAUCUUCAGGUUGACGCUGCUCUUUGGGGCGUCGCACCCAAGAAGCAACCGCCGCCGCCUGCUCAGCCUGCCGUUCCUAGUGCUCCGCCUGGGGGCCGCAAGAUGUUGAGUCUCGAGGAGGUUGAGGCUCAGAUGCGCGCCCAGGCUAAGGCGGCCACUCCAUCUCCUGCUCCUCAGCAUCAGCCCCAUCAAAUGCCACAUGAGCAGGCUUAUCUCUACCAGCAGCAAGCUCAGAACCAGCCGCAGGCCCAUUUCCAGGCCGGUAUUGUUGAGCCUUUGUACCAUCAACCGCAAGGGCAUCCCAUGACAAUCCUCCAGCGGCCUCACUCGAAGCCUGCUACGCCAGCCCAGCCCUCUUCCCAACCGCCCGCUAUUCAACAGCAUCAGCAACCCGUUGCUCCUCAGCAGCCCACUCAGAUUCUGCAGAACCCCAACCGUCUUUCAGGCGACGCAGCUAAGAUCGGGCUGCCUGUUCACCCUACGCCUCCGUCCGGUCCUCAGUCCGCCCACCAGGGCCACAGGCAACAAGGCUCUCUUCCGCGACAGCCCACCAUGAUUCUUCAUCCCGCUCAGCUGGCUCAGCUCUCGGAGGAGGAAAAGGCUGCCUAUCUUGAACAGGAAGCCAAGCGCGCCAAACGCAACCACAAGAUUUUCCAAAUGUCUCGCGACAAUGGUAUCAUGACGCCACAGGACAAGAACUUCAUCACCCGAAUCCAGCUCCAGCAGCUUGUUGCGGCCACUGGAAAUCCCAAUGAACACGGCACAGACGAGUCACUCGCCGAGGACUUUUACUAUCAAGUCCAUAGUCAGAUCCAGGCUGGCCAUCGUCAGCACCCCAGCCAGCCUCUGAACCAGUUUGCUCAGACCUAUCUGUUUCAGACAGGAAGCCGCCAGGGAGGUAUGCGCCGCCAUAACCGGGGUCCUGAGAACCAUAUGCAGAGGAUGGAACAACAGGUCCAGCGCGCUGUUGAGGCGGCCAAGAACAAGCCCAAGAACAAGCAGCUUGUUAUUGAAGGUAGCUUGGGCAAGAUUUCCUUCAGCAACGCCAAGACCCCGAAGCCGCUUCUCAACAUCAAGCGUAACGACAGCGCCGGCGAUGUGAAGAAGGCACCGCAUCCUGUUAACGGAAGGGACAAGAAGGACGAACUGAGAGCCCUCGAGCUGGUAUACACCACACUUAUGAAGAUGGAAGACCACGAACGCAACAUGCCUAUGGCGCCUGCCGAGGAUGAUCAAGAAGCUCUUGCCAAGGUCUUUGCAUGGAGCAGCGAAGGACAGGCGUUGAAUGAGCAGCUCUGGAAGGCUCUGAGGGUGCAGGAUCAGGACCAGCCAGGCCGCAUCCACCCCUUCAUGGCCCUUCUCUGUUACAACAAGGGCAAGAAAGCCAUACCGCGCAUCUUCCGUCACACGAACCAUGAGCAAAGGAUUACCAUUUUCACACGCAUUGUCGUGAAUCUCGACCAACUCGACGUUGUCCGAGAAGCUCAGGUUACAACUGAUGACAUCCAGUUCAACGCCGCUAUGCGUGAAAACAUUGAGCUGUUUUCGGCUGCUAUUGUAACCACGCUGUUUACGUUUAUGAACGAACUCGGCCUCGAUCUUGUUGCCGCCAUCCUCGGUCUUGUGUGCACGCGCAAUGUGGACGUCAUCGCCAAGAGUAGAAUCGGCGCGUCGAUGCUUACCAUGAUUUUGAGCCGUGCAGAGCUUAUUAAGCAUAAUGGCGGCGGCAGUGAACAGGAUUGGCGUUCUUGGGAUAUGACCUACACUCAGUUCUUCAACCUCCUCGAGCCCACUCUUCCGUACAUCUUCCCCGGUAGCAUUGCCACCGAUCAAGAUACCUACGUCUGGCAGCUUCUCGCGGCCAUCGGUAUUGGUGCUAGCCCUGACCAGCAGCAAAGACUUGUCAUUGCUGUCAAGGAUCGUGUCAUGGACACCGUCAGCCUCGCCAAAACCCUGCCUCCAGCACUCGCAGGCGAACGCCUGCAGAACGUCAACCUCUUCAUGCGGUCGAUCGGUCUCGAUGUUGAGCUGCUUCAGUAA